AUGCCUCAGGUGCCUUUGGGAAAUUCCACAACUGACCUCUCCGACUUGGAUCAUGACUGUCAAGAUGAAGAGGAUGCAAUCAAAAGCUUAGAGGGGUUUUACGAAGUCUUUAUGGGCCCAGAUAGACAUCCCAACCUUGAAGAACAGGUCAAAAAUGCCAAGUUCUGUGGCCGAGCACCUUAUACUGGAAAUUCCAAGCAUUCAGAGCGUCGCAGACAGCAGCAUUGGAGAGAGUUAGAGGGAGCAGCUGCCUCAUGCAAUCAUAGUGUAUUUCGGGCCUUUGAGCAAAAGGCCAGGCUCAAGCACAAGCACAUAGGUGUUGAUGGGCGACAGGGAGAUGUCCAGAUGGCCCAGGAAAAAACUCAUCAGUUCCAUGCUCACAAAUUUGAGGAGAAGUUACAGAGAAUCAUAAGCAGGAUGGACUUGUUAACUAUGGAGGAAUCAGAUGUAACAGAUAUCAGUGAUGAUGACAAGGACUUUUGUGCCAAAAAUAGGUCAAUCUGCACUUCGACAAAUGUCUCCGACAUGUCAGCAGAACCAGAGGCAGUUCCAGAAAGGCCUGACUAUAGUUCAGAUGAAGCCAUUGCAUCUGUUGAAGGCAUCCUGAUAGAAGAGGAACCCAAGGAAGAUGUGUUGGUCAUUGUGGCCAAGUUACUUAAACAUGCUGUGAAGGUCCACACGAAGAAGACCUUGAGGAAUAUUAUGAUGCUUACAGCCAUUAAAUACCGGCGACUCCCUGAGCACACAAAAUUUCAGAGGAUAGGUGCUGAGAGCCUUCUUGACAAUGAGGCUGUUGUUGCAGGGGUUCAACGCUAUCUUGCAGAACAAAACCUCGGAGCAAUAACUCUGCAUCUCCUCACAAAGCAUGUUAAUGAGGUCCUCAUCCCAGGCUUGACACUGGAGGCACAAGUUGGGAAGAACAGCAUUACUGAGAGGACAGUGCAAUGCUGGCUGUGGAAGCUUGGAUACCGAAAUGUGGAGUCAAGGAAGGGAGCAUACAUGGAUGGACAUGAAUGCUGUUGUGGGGACAACUCCGUGUACCGCAAAAAGUCGGAUUCUGCGGAAUUUGGCCACAAACACCCACUACAUACCCGCUGA